AUGAGGCUCGCAGCGCUUUUUGCGCUGCUCACUGUAGCUGCAGCCUCUGAGUUAACGCAAGUGGAUCAUGUGCGACAAAAGUUUUACAAUUUAGAACAAGAACUGUGGGCCAAUGUGACUGACCCUCAGUGGAGAGACGCCGGCCUUGGAGGGGAUGUCGAAUUGACAAAGGCGUUCGCCGCGUUCAAUGAACACGUCGAGUCGAUACCCAGGAUUAAGAGAAUAACGCUCAAGUCGUGGCUAUGGACUAAGGUGUCUGAAAAGCUGGUUAUCAUCGAUGGAUUCUAUAAGAACUUUAUGGAUUUUGUGAUGCGUCAGGCAUCACCGGCCAGUGUGCCAUCUCCUGUGAGAGAUUGGUUGGAUAUGGCGGAGACAGUCCUCAUGGAUCCGAGAGCGUCUGUAGCGCAGGCUGUGAGGAAACUCCACGGUUAUUUAGAGCACGCAGACAUGUUCCGAUCAGUUUUACAGGACGAGGAUGCUGAGGUAUGCGACCUGCAAUUGUCUGCACACCAGUUGAUUUUUGACAUGUACAACACCAUAGCGCUGACUGAAAUCAAAGGUUACGCCAUGAUGCAGUUCUCGUGGAUGCUGCUCAGGAUAUAUGGGAGAGGUAACUUUACACAAGAAGCUAGUUUGACCAGACAGAGGUAUGCAGAAAGGACUGGACAGACGGCUACCGCGGCGCGUGCAGCGCUGGCUUCAGCCAAAAGGGAUCUCUACAAAUGCGAACCGUCGGUCUACAACGCCGACACAUUUGCCGAAGUGACGCGUCUCCUGCAAGGUUACAUCGAGAACGAAGUAGAUAUGAACCCCGACAACACUUGCAAAGAGAAUUGCGGUUACUAUACACUAGCCGAAAACUACGGAUGUUAUAAGGACCAGUACUGCGUCAAGCAAUCAAGAUGCAAUGGGAGAAUUAUCGAUUGUCAAUUCGUGGACUCUGAUAUGUGGGUCUGUCCUGCGAGUCAUUACAGCAGUAGGCGAUACGAAUAUAUCGAAUACGAGAAUGGGCGUGUUCUAGGAAAAGGCGGCAAAUGCGACUUGGGUACCACUAAGGUGGACUCUUGGUGGCGUUGGUUAUUCUGGCACUGCUCGUACUGCAUGUGCCUGUGCGAUGACGCUAGCUACAACUCCCACCGGUACUUCAGUCUGCGGCCAUCGGUAUCAGACAUCGUCAGGAACAAGGUUGUAACAGGAAUACGGCUAGUGAAGGUUGGCCGGGUGUUCCACCUAAAAAUCCAUCAAGGUACUUUAGUAGAGCGAGGAUUCGUGGAAUCUUCUGAAGAGGUGCAGGUGAAGGCCUUUGACCCAUCCAACGCUGACGUCAAAGACGGGGUAGACUACCACAAACUGACAUACGAGCGAAGAGCUAUCGAUUUAGAUGAGUUGGACUCACCGUCAGGAUAUGUCUUAACGGGUGUCAGAUUCCAAAUGAUCGGUGCUCAUCUACACUUCGAGAUACGUUCGACCCCCUUCAACUAUACAACGGGCAAACUGUGGCCAGAAAAAAGCCAGUGGAUAAGCAACGAUAACACUGAGGGCUCAACGAAACCCAGAUCACGGAUGCAGUUACACAAACCGGAUUUACCGACCAGAGGCGACAAGAUCCUGAAAAUAGACUCGACUCACGACCAGUAUAUCGAGUUCACGCACAGCGAUUUCGAUGCAGACGCCGCUCAGAGCACCGUGCCUUUCAUUGAUGUGCAACCUGUGGUACCUAGCAAAGCCUCAAACAGCAAAGGUGCAACCCUAAACAGUGGAGCGGGCGUGUACCACAGGGGAGCUCCCGGCUCUGGUGGUUUUAUCGCCGUCAAACUCCUCACCUACGACUACUCCCAACACGUGAAGGCAGAACCACCUCCAGAUGAACUCUUGAAGGAAGACGAAGGGUUCACAACCGAAAUUAGUAACAAAGUAGAGGCUAAUUAG